UUCAUGCUUGGUCCAACGUAUUAUUUCAAGAAACCUUUUUAACACUUACAAUUACCGUGCGAGGGAUUAGGAAGGCCUAUACUUUUACGGGCAAUAAUCUCUGGAUCAGCAUUAGGCUUGUUUUUAAUCAUCGUUUGUCAGCCUUGUGUAAAAGAUUAUUCUUCAGAGCGACAGAUUCCUUGGCUGUUUUUCUCAAGCGCAGAUUUCAGCACUGGACAGCUCCUUCGCCGCUCCACCUAACCAGCGCGCUGACUGAAAUGAUUGACAGAGGAAACGGCCAUACACGAAUCAAGAGCACUUUAGGAACCCUAUAAGAUAAUGAAGAAGACGGGCUUUAAGAACGAAUGGUUCCUGAUGUCCCUACGGUUUAGUUACUGCUUGUUGUGGACGGAAGAGGGCGGAGUGUGUUUGUCAUCCAAGUGUGAAGUAGCCUACUGACUUGAUGCCUCCAAUACCUGAUUUUGUUCCUUUUCUAUUCAGGGUGAUUUGUAGGCUACUGGCAACACAGUCUAGAGGGGACGUCAACCAACUCGUAAACCAGUCUUGGACGUUCCUUGGAUUGCUUUACCGCACGGAUUCUAUGGAUGUAUAAAGGCUGCAAGGAUACAUCAACAAGCUGAACGUUGUAUAUGAGAGAGAAAAAAAAAUCUGACGACUAUAUUUCAAUGCAGUUGUUUUCAAUUCAACAGUCGAGCUCGGAACUUGCGUGAAUAUCCACAGGUGAAGUAAUGUUUUUUUAACGGAUACAUCUAUACGCUAUACGGGUGGUCGUGCUCCAACACUAGAUCUUCCGAGCAUCAACCACGUAUUAAAGGCUUUGGGAAUAUGUCAUUCUUUCGAUUAUCCUUGUUGUUGCAAGUGGGACUUGUUAUCGGUUCAAAUUAUAAAUUCGCUGAGUGGUCAGAGCACGAGAAAAAUGUAAGAACACAACCACCAAUUUACACCACUCACAACAACCAGCGGCAAGCACAUCUCCGUGCGUCUAAUUCUCCGCGAGGCGCGAAAGAGCGCGCAGUCUUGCCGCAGAACCUCGAGGAGCACCUUCCCAGGGUUGUCACCGCUUUUCUACACACGGGGAAUUCGACCACCUUGAAACAUGCCAACUGCUCGCGGAGAUACGAGCUCAGUGCUCCGCGUGCGAGAUCUCCUAUAGCCCCGCAUUACUCAAUGCACAGCGUGCUGGACACGGUAAUGCACGCUACCAACUUCCUAAACAUGAUCCUCCAAGCCAACAGGUCCAGGGAGCUGAGUCUCCGCCGAGACAUUGAGUGGUAUCACGCGCUCGUCAGGAGUAUUGUAGAGGGGGACUCUAAAAUCCACCGGGCCGUGGUUACGUUUAACACAGAACCGUCUGCUGGCGGGCCCACGGUGUUUCUCCAGGCUACCAGAACCGGAGGAGAGAUAGUUCUCCAGGACCUCUCCGGCACGGCGCAUCAUCACCUGAAGAACCGAACAGUCGAAUCAGAGUGGUAUCACGGUAUCAAAGAUAAGAAGAAACCUAACUUCCAUAAACGGGUACUGAGCCAAGAUUUUCAAUCAGUUGACGCUUCUCUGAAAAGGGGAGAGAGUUUUAUCCCUGAUAAAACCCACAUGAAAUGGUCAGCACCAUACCUGGAGUGUGAAAAUGGAAAUUUCAUACCACGGUGGCUUUUGACCUUAUCCGCUGGUUUCUAUGGACUCGACGCGGAUCGUUCACCUGAUUUCAGGGGUGUCGUCAGAGUAGACGUGAACCUGCAGGAUGUUGAUAUCGACCAGUGCUCUCCUGACGGCUGGUUUGGUGGGACCCAUCGAUGUAACCUGACGACAAUGGAGUGCUUGCCAGUGCGUGGUCGUGGAUUUGUGCUGGACAACUACAACUGUCACUGCAAAGCAGGUUUUUACCACCCCAACAGAGUGUCUGUCAACGGCUUCAAAAACCCGGGCACGAAGGGCAGAGCCUCCGACAGCGGCCCCAACGCGGACGAGGGCUCGUCCAGCGACUGCCUGCCCUGCCGGGACGGCUGUGCCUACUGCAAGGACGACACGCCGUGCGUGGCGCGCGGAGACGGCGGCCUGCGCGUGGCCGUGCUCUCCUUCCAGGCCCUGUGCAUGCUGCUGAGCUUCGUCAGCAUGGUGGUCGUGUACCGCUACCGCAGGAACAAGAGCAUACGAGCGUCCGGACUGGUCUUGCUGGAAGCCAUUUUGUGUGGAACCCUGCUUCUCUACUUCCCAGUGGUGAUUCUCUACUUCCAGCCCAGUAUAUUCCGCUGCAUCUUGCUGAGAUGGGUCCGCCUGCUCGGCUUCGCCACCAUCUAUGGGACCCUGACCCUCAAGCUGUACAGGGUGCUGAAGGUGUUCCUGUCUCGGACGGCCCAGAGAAUCCCCUACAUGACCAGCUGGCGGGUGCUGCGUCUCCUGGGCAUCAUCCUGCUCAUCGUCUGCUGGUUCCUGGUGGCCUGGACCUCGGCCGUGUGCCAGAACCUGGACAGGAAUCUGGCUCUGAUCGACGUGGGCUACACCCCCGACGGACUGCAGUUCAGCAUGUGUCUGCUGGACCGCUGGGACUACAUGAUGGCUGUCGCUGAGUUCCUGUUCCUGCUGUGGGCGGUGUACCUCUGCUUCGCCGUGAGGACGGUGCCUUCGGCGUUCCACGAGCCCCGCUACAUGGCCAUAGCCGUCCACAACGAGCUGGUCCUGUCCGCCAUAUUUCACAUCAUCAGGUUCACCCUGGCUCCUGAGCUCCACCCAGACUGGAUGCUGCUGCUGGUCUUUGCUCACACACACCUCACUGUGACCGUCACUCUCGGACUUCUGCUGGUCCCCAAGUUCCUGUUUGCCGGCACCCAGAUGAGGGACGACAUAGCGGUGGAGGCGUACGAGGACGAGCUGGACAUGGGGCGCUCGGGGUCCUACCUCAACAGCAGCAUCACCUCCGCCUGGAGCGAACACAGCCUGGACCCAGAGGACAUCCGGACGCCAGACGAAAUGGGCCCGCUCAGUUCUAUUAAUGGCUGUGGCGUAAGGUCUUGCGACAGUCUUUGGGAAAAACGUACCAAUGAGGAGCUGAAAAAGCUGUACUCACAGCUGGAAAUAUACAAGAGGAAGAAGAUGCUGGCCAACAACCCUCACCUUCAGAAGAAACGGAGCUCCAAGAAAGGUCUGGGUCGAUCACUGAUGAGGCGGAUCACGGAGAUCCCCGAGUCCGUCCACAGGCAGUGCAGCCGCGAUGACAAAGAGAUGGGGGACCACGGAAGCAACCGGAACAGCAUCUGUGUCCUCAGAAAAAACCCCUUUGACCCUUCCCACCCUGGGAAGCCAGCCAAAGAGGAGUCCCUUAAGAGCAAGGUGUUCUCCCUGAAGAAGUCCCACAGCAGCUACGAUCACGUCCGUGACCAGAGCGAAGACUCAAGCAGCUCCACCACAGACAAGAUGGAGGUCGCCACGGCUGAGGGCUCCCUCCUGGACACCUUAAUGGGCAAGAAGCUGGUUAAGAAGAAGUCCGAUGAGAAGCUAGACGCCACGAGUGAAUCCACCGAAUCGGUUCCUCUGGUCUGCAAGUCAGCCAGCGCUCAUAACUUGACCGCAGACAAGAAGCCAAUUCAUCCUCGGACCUCCAUGUUGCAGAAGUCUCUCAGUGUCAUCGCCAGCGCAAAAGAAAAGACCCUGGGACUGACGACAAAGACUCUGGAGGACAGCAGUAAGAAGGCUCCGCCGAAAAGCAAAGACAACAAAUCUGGCACAGACUCAGAGGACGAAGGCUACCCCAAAAUGAUUGUCAGCCAGUCGGUGGAGUACAAACAGACUGCUGCCAAAGCCGGGAUCAUGAAGCACCAGGGUAGCGGCAGCCAGCCGUCCAUAUGCUCCGAAGCCACCAAGGGCAAGGAACUGUACAAUCUGUCUGAGGUGUGUCCUUGGGAAGUGGAGGACCUCCCAACACCAUCUGAAAACAAGGUCCAGAAGCACGUGUCCAUAGCGCCUGAAGGAACCACCACUGUCCAUGGAAGUGGCACCAAAGGCACGAAAUCCCAGCAGUCGAAGCAAAAGGGCUCGGAUCAGUCCCCCUCUACUGCCCGGCAUUCUAAAAACCUCCAGAAGACAGCAGACCGAGCAGAUAUAUGUCCGUGGGAAGAUGGAGGGGAGAGCCAGGGGUCCAAACAUCCACCCACCAGCCAGACCAUCGAACCAUCUCAGGCCCCCCAGUCCAACCAGGCCAUGCCUGCAGCAGAAAGCUCCAAAAACCAACAAGCGGAUGUCUGCCCAUGGGACUUUGAGGAAGCGGCCUCCAAAAAAGUCGAGGUGGCUCACUCGCCAGAUAAGACCAAGCAGAAGAAAGGCACUGCUCCGGUCGACGGUAAAGGGAAGAAUGUGCUAGCAGAGCCCUCCAAGUCAACGGGCAGCUCCCUCCAACCAUCAACCACAAAGGCUGACAUCUGUCCCUGGGACUACGAUGCUCCAACUGCAGCCCCGAGUUCUGAGAAAAUCCCGAGUCCCACUCAGGUCUCCAAAAAGGACUCCACCUCGCUAAAGAAGACCACGCCUUCCACAAGAACAGCGGAGAAGGAGAAAGAGAAGAUGAAAGAUAUUGACAAUGAGAAAAGUCGAGCAAAAGCCAAGGACAAGAGCAAAUCCUCCGAGAAACAAACAACCAAGAUGGCGGAGGUCUGCCCUUGGGAUGUGGAGAGCAGUCAGGAAGUGCCAACAGCGGAAAAACGUAAAAGUGCCAAUGUUGAAGCAGCCAAAGGAAAAGAGGCUGAAGUCUGUCCGUGGGAUUAUGAGGAUAGUUCAGAUAGAAAAGAUGCAGAAAAGAGCGGCACUUCAUCCAAACAGAAACAGAGCACUCCAAAUCCAAAAGGGGGUGGGGUGAGCGGGGCGAAAAGGGCAGACGUUUGUCCCUGGGAUGUUGAUGACAGUUCGGUAGAAAAAGCAUGACCCUCGACUCAAAUGGACAACUGAAAUGAUAGUUCUUGUUGUAUACAUUUUUCCACUUUAAAGUCCUAAAAAUAUAUUGACAUUUUACUAUGAAUACGGUGACUUGGAUGAAAAGAUCAAGUUGCACAAGUUGCCUUCCUUUCCAAUAGUUUUUUUUUGGCUUUUAUUGUCUAUUUUGGAAUAAAAGUGAAACAGAAACAAAGCAACAAAAUCAUGAGAAGCAUUCCAGAGUAUACAGAGUAUUCUUGCUGAUAAAUCAUAGUCUUACAAUUAUGCAACCUUUAAUUCACUUUUACACAACUCAUAUCCUAACAUUUACGAUGUUUCUAAGUUAUCUGGUGGUGGCAUCAACGUCUCACAUGUAUUAAAGGCCAGAGAGUUUGCAGUGAAGUGAAAUACUGUGAGUCUGGAAAGAGGCGGAAUAUGAAGCAGAUAAGCAGAUCCUCCAUACAACUGCAUGAGAAAUUCAUAUGUACAAUGUCUUCUGGUAUGAACCGCCUAGCCAGAUGAACUUAAAACAAAUACAUUGAGAAAGCAAAUGCCAAAGAAUAACAGAACUUUAAUUGAACGAUAGUACACGGAAGAUGACACACCUCAAUGUCAAAUAGCUGUUGUGUGUCCAAGUCAAGACACUUAGUGAGGGAAUCGGCCUAUAGCACUUUAGCCAAAACCCCAUGUGUAAAAGAAAUAAAAAAUAGAGAGUAUAUGGACACUAUGUUCUCUAUCUAUGAUUUAUAUAUCCUCUUUGUUCAGCCUUAUAGUCCUUGAAGGUUGUCAGAUAUACAUGCCCUCUAAACUCAGACAUCUAAAUUGCUGAAUUUUUAGAUUUCAUGUUUAGAUCUCAGCUACUUCCAAUUCUUCCAUAUCUUCAGAGACGUAUUACUGUAUGUGCCUAACUAACUAGAAAUGUCUUGUACUUGUCUUAGAUCGUCCUGAUUGGAGCAGGGGGAGCCCCUUAGCGUUCCGAUUGGAGCAGGGGGAGCCCUUUAGCGUUCUGUGAUGGUGGUUUAUAUAAACAGCAUGCUCAGCCAGGUAAUGGGUGCUUGGACCCCAUUUGGUUUGUCAACCGAAGCGAAUCACUUAUUUGUGUUGAUAGUUCAUUGGCAUGUUUCAUUGUGUUCUCAACGGCACUAGCUAUCUGGCUCGACUGAUUUUAUAUUGACAAAAACACAUUCAAUUGUUGAGAGGUUUAUGCUCAUGGGAAUAUGUCCCAACCUUCUUUCUGAUUGGAAAGUAUGCUAAUGAUACUUUGCUAACUUUCUAAUUAUUUGACCAGUCAGUGUAAGUACACUAUUGGUUUGUUUUGGGGUCUUCAAUUGACACGUUCCACACAAGGUUUGAAAACAUUUUCUGCAGUAUUAUCAAUAUUUAAUGAGAGAUUCACAUUUUUCAUGUUGUGUUAUUUAUUUCCUAUUCAACAUCAAGAAGAAAAGUAAUGAAAAUUAUAUUGAUGUAAAACACACUUCUCUGUGCCAUUAGUAACAGGGCAUGGGUCCUUACUUUGAAAAUUUAAUCACAUGAGACAUUUUAUUUGAAAAAAUAAGAAUGCUAAAUGCUAAUAAACUGUAUUUCAAUAAACGCUACAUUAUAGUCAAAAUCCUUCUGGUAGGCCUUCAUUGGAAAUACUUCAAUCCAGCACUUAUAGAUAAACAAACCCUGGAUCAAUUUGUUGAACAAAGAGGAAGAUAAUCUAAGGUAUCUACAAGAGCCUGACUCCAUGAGAUGUAGCUGUGGUGUCUCACUCUUCUCCCUCACUACUGAAAAUCAUUUCCACCAUUGACCUCUGGGGCUUGUGUGAAAUAUGUGCAACAAGGUAGUUUCAGCCUCAGAGGAGGAGAUUUGCAGUCAGCCCUGCUUUAUGAGCUUCUAGAACGCCGUCUGAAAAGGUGUCAGACUCUUUGAUUGAUUGUAAUGCUUUGAUGAACCUGUAUGAUAUUUACGAUUCAGCAUCAUAUGGAACUUAGGGUGAAUCUGUAAAGGAUUCCAGGGUUCUAUCCUGCUCCAGGCUUAGGUCAUCCCCCAACUUUUGAUUGGAUAUGACAGAAGUACAAACUGAUUUCAUUGGGUCUUGGGAUUUUUGUAAAUGACCCCCUUAGAAACCUAUAAUACAAUAAAAAAAUUAUGGUGUUUUUAUUUAUUUAUUAAAUUCCAUACUGUAGUUUAUUGCAUAGUUUAUUGGAUGCAUACAAUUCCAUGGCUGGGUUUUACAUUUAUUUAUUAACUUUAAAAAAACUAUCUCAUAUGUCUUUGCUGGUUAAAGGAUUUAGGUUGCGAUUAGGGAGCAGUAGUUCAGCUCAUCGCUCUCUAACAAAAUGUGCAUCAACCUGUCUUUUAGUCUGUCUUUCUGGAAAUGGUCCAUGUAAUGCAGCAGUAUAUUUAUAUAUGAAUGUUUAGAGUUAAAAACUUCACCUCCAUUGGUAAACCUCCAUAUAUUUGGGUGUGAGAACUUUGGCCCAUUGUUGAUCAGUAACCUUUUCAACAUUGAUAACCAUUUGUCCUGUUGUUACUUUUACCAUGGUGGUUUUCGUUUGUUGCCUCAUUUUAUUUCAACCAGACUUGUGACCAAACCAAGUAAUCUGAUGGGAAAUACUACUACUGCUACUACUACUACUACUACUACUACUACUACUACUACUCAAUGCUGUAACGUUGUAACAAUUGCUCUUGUGGCUUCUGCAUGAUAUCAAGAAAUUAGUAGGACCGAUGUUUCACUGCCCUUGAUAGAACAAAAAAUAAAACAUUGAUCUUUUAUGGACUGUUACAAGUUGUAUAGUGAGUGAUAGUGUACCCAAAAACCACUGUAUUAUGUACUUGUUAUACCUAUUGCUCUAUGACAAGCUAAUAGCAUCCUUAUAUGGGAAUAUUUGGUAGAUUUAUAUUGUGUUACAUUGUGAUAGCAUGUACAUAAAAGAUACCUCCUCUGC